CCUCGUUCCUUCAACUCGACUUCCUCUGUGUCAAUAUUCAACUUCCUCCAAAAAGUUCCGUCAUGAAUCAAAUUAUUUUUUUCUUCGCUUGUAUUUACUUGGUGUCUGCCGGUUAUCCUGAAAGUGAUGAUCAUGUCAGUACAACAUAUGAGGAAAAAACUAAACCUGUACACAUUCCAAUAUAUAAAAAAUACGCUAUACCCAUUCCACAUCCUGUAAUAGUAAAAAUUCCCCAAGAAAUAAGGAUUCCAAUUCCACAACCGUAUCAAGUACCAGUGGAGAUUCCACAUCCAUAUCCAGUUGAGGUUAUCAAACAUAUAGAAAUUCCCGUUGAAAAACCUGAGCCUUAUGUAGUAGAAAAGCACGUACCAUACGUCGUGGAAAAGCCUUAUCCAGUUUAUGUAGAGAAAAAAUUUCCUUAUCCCGUGGCAAAGCCUUAUGCCGUUCAUGUGCCCAUUUAUAAACAUGUGUACCACCACUCAUCAAAAGGAAAGCAUUGGCACUAAAACUUAACAAGUUAGAAUAUUUGAAGGUCUAAUCAAUCUGCCAUCUUCUGCUGUGAAAAGAGGCUUCUUCAUUUUCAUCGACACUAAAUUUAGAAAUGAGCACUACGAAAGAAAUAGUUUAUUUCUUUUCCAUUAAAAAUGUCUCACGAUUUUACGAACGAGAGAAAAAAUUCUUCCUCCAAACAAAUUAAAAAAAUAAAAUUAUUUUUCAAUAAUAUAAGUGUUGCGUAAAGUAUUUCUUUCAGUAAGGCAAUCUAAAAAGAUAUGUUGUUGAAAUAUAUAUAUAUAUAUAUAGUUUUUAUUCAUGAAUUGAAAUGUUGAUUGUUGAAUAAAAUCAUGAAUAAUUUUGACUCUGUAGAAAAUAAUAUAUGUAUCUACAGUAUAGAAAAAUUGUCAAAUUAAUCAAUAAGAAUUGUGUGCAACUCUUUGUAAAA